UCUUGGUGUUUGUGAUUUCCUUCAUCUGUAUCAUGAUCGGUGACUUGAAUGUUGUCUCAUCACUUCUGAGUAACUUCUUCUUGGCAGCUUACAGUCUCAUCAACUUUUCUUGCUUCCAUGCAACACUUAUUAAGUCUCCUGGCUGGCGUCCUUCAUUUAAGUAUUAUAACUCUUGGGUGAGUCUUGUCGGUGGAAUCCUUUGCUUGAUGGUCAUGUUCUUGAUUAAUGUGGUUACUGCUUUCAUCACCUUCAUUGUCAUCAUCGCCCUGUACCUCUUCGUGGCCUACCGUAAACCUGAUGUCAACUGGGGCUCAUCUACUCAAGCACAGACAUAUGUAUCAGCUCUGAAAUCCACUCUUGACUUGAUCACUGUUGAAGAGCAUGUCAAGAACUACCGUCCUCAGCUCCUUGUUCUCUCUGGAGCUCCUGGCACAAGGCCUCCACUCUUGGACUUUGCCCAUACUAUUACAAAGAAUAUUUCUCUCCUUUCUUGUGGACAUGUUAUUCAGGGCCCACAGACACAAAGAGUGCGUAAUUCUUUGACCAGGCGAGCUUACAACUGGCUGACCCGUCAUAAGAUUCGUGCCUUCUACUCCAUUGUUGAAGCUAACAACCUUGAGGAAGGCUCCAGGAACUUGUUCCAGCUUGUUGGUUUGGGAAAACUUCGUCCAAAUAUUGUUCUUCUGGGAUACAAAUCAAAUUGGGCUAAGUGUGACCGUUUAGAGCUCAGAUCGUACUUCAAUACCUUACAUGAAGCACUGGAUAUGUACUAUGGAGUGGCUAUCCUAAGAGUACCACAAGGACUGGAUUAUUCUCAAGUCGUCGAGGAUGAAGAUACACCUGUUGUUAUGAAUGGCAAUGAAACUACUGGAGCAGCAGUUGCAGAGGAGAUCAAACGUAAUCAGUCUGCUGGUCAAUUGUCUCAAGAAGUGGCAAAAUUGCUUGGUUCCAUAAACUCUAACGCUCGGAGUACUUAUUACCGUGAUGGCACUGGCAGUGAGGCCUCGACACCACCUGGCUCUCCACAAGCUGAACGUGCCGGCACUGCAGCAGUAACCUCAGAACCAAGUGGAGUGGAAGCUCUGAAGAGGCGUGCUUCUCUGGCCAAUCUGUACAGAGGUCCAGGAGGUGUUGAACUCGGCAAGGACGUUCUCAAUAACAUCACUACAUUCAGACGAAAGCAAAAGAAGGGUACAAUUGAUGUAUGGUGGCUCUAUGAUGAUGGUGGUUUGACUCUCCUGCUGCCUUACAUCCUCACAACAAGAUCACAGUGGUCUAACUGCAGCCUGCGUGUCUUUGCUUUGGCCAACCGGAAAGAUGAACUUGACAUGGAACAGAGAAGCAUGGCAAACCUGCUGGCCAAGUUCCGUAUUGACUACAGUGAUGUGAUUGUCAUUCCUGAUGUUGCCAAGAAGGCAGCUGAAUCUUCUAAAAUGGAGUUUGACCAGUUGAUCGAAGACUUCAAAGCCAAGAGCAAUGUUGAAAUUGACAAGGAAAAUGAAGGUAUAGUAAUCAGUGAAGCAGAACUUCUUGGUCAGCGAGAGAAGACUAAUCGUCAUGUGCGCUUGCGUGAACUCCUCCUCGAGAACUCUAGAGAUGCUUCUCUUGUAGUGAUGACCUUACCCAUGCCCCGCAAGAACUCUGUCUCCGCACCAUUGUACAUGGCUUGGUUGGAAACACUGACUCGCGACAUGCCACCGUUCCUCCUUAUACGUGGCAACCAGACCUCAGUGCUUACCUUCUAUUCUUAAAAAAGACAAAAAGGAUUCUGUGUUUUGUACAUGCAGUGUGGAAUAGACAAGUAUUUUAGAUCUUUAAGCUAUUGUGUUUUCUUUUUGUUAUGAAACAAAGAAAGAGGAGAAUAGCGUGCACAAUGUAUAGGUGAUGUUUAAAGUUUUUUGUUUUUUAAGGAGAAACCAUUAUUGAUUCAUGCCAGAUGUAGAAUAUACGUGCAUCUUGUCUAUGAAUUAUAUUCUAAGACUAUCAUUCCACAGUUUGGAACUAGAAAGAAGUUUAGAGAAUUUUAGAGCAGAGUUUUAUCAAUCAAAAUCUGAUUAUUUUCCUUAUAUCAAGCAAUAAUUAAAUGUCAAUAGGUUGUUCAAAAUAAAUUUGUUCUGUAAUUUACCUCAUCAUACACAAAGUAGGUAUAAUAGAUUUUAUCCUACAUAUCUAUAGGUUGGCAUGUAUUUGUGCCAAUUGCUGUUUUACAUAACAUAUUUUAUUUAUUUUGCCAUUAUCCUUACAGUAUUUACCAACAGUUGUAGAGAUUUUGUGUGUAAAAUUUGUACUUGAUAUAUUAUAAUAAUUUUAUGUCUUUUUUUUUUUUUCUUUUUAAAUACUUUUUACAUUGCCUUUUAUUUCAUAUUGUGUAAUUCAUAUAUAGUCAUAUUAAUAUGGUGUAAACUGUCAGUAAAUAAAGUGAUAUCUUUUCCAUAGAAGAUUUUUGCAUUGGAAUUUAUUUCAUCUUAACAUGUACAUCUUCCUUUGCAGUAAUUUCUUCACUGAUUAUUUAUGCUUAAUGAUAUUUGUAUGUGACUUAUGGCAGAAUCAGUAAUGCAUUUACACCUACAUUAAUAUCUAUGACUACAGAAUCUUCAUUUAGCUUGUCUCGGUAUUUCAAAACAUUUGGGUUUUUAUAACUUGGAGUUUUUAGUUUUAGUAUAAAGUUUUGUAUCAUUCCAUGUUCAGUAUGUUAGUGUGUUACAGUUAUGGUUAAAGUGAUUUUCCCCAUUUAUAUACUCAAAAGUGAAUGUAUAGUGCUUGUAGUUCCUGACAUAUAUAUAAUUAAAUUUAGGUUUAAUAAGGGAAUAAUGGGAUUUUUAGAUCAUAUAAAUAAACUUUUAAAACCAUCUCUAUAUUAGGUUUUUAUUUUAUUUUAUUUUAUUUUUUUUUUUAGUUGUUCUAGAUCAGUUGCUGAGUAGGAAAACAAUAUAAGAUGCUGAAUAGGAAAAAUUUGCAUCACAUAUUUGACUAUCUUCUUUUUUUUAUACAUUCCUCAUAAUGAAGAGUUUAGUCAGACACUCAUGUUUUAUACAUUCCAGAGUGGUUACCUACCAAUAUAAAAUAUAAUCAGAUCAUUAACUACUAUAAGUUUCAAGAAGUCCCUUUAUUUCCAUUCAAUAUCUAGCUCAUCAAAUAUUUUAUGUAGAAAAUUAUUUGGAAAGAUGGGUAACAUUUUUGUUAAUCUUUUUUUAGUUGCUAAAUAUUAGGAAACAAAAACAGUUGAGUUAAUAUUCAAAUAGGACAAAGUGUGAAUGAAGAGGUAGAGAAUCAUAUAACUGGAUUUUUUAUCUUAAUAAUAAUUAAUUUUGGAUAUUGUCCCGGUGCCUUUUGACUGUGAUUUUUGUAAAACUUUUUUUUUUCUUUUUUCUUUUUUUUUUCUUUUUUCUUGCAUCAUUAAUUGUCAGAUUCAUUCUACUUGCUUGCAAUCCAAAUGAAUGAUUUGGGAAAUCCCAAGGCAAUCCACUUAUGGGAUGUUUGUAAAUAAAAUAACUAUGGCACUACAAGAUAAGAAUAUUUUGUGAUAAAUCUGACAAUAUUGAAAAAUUAAAUUGUAAGUAAGCAAUGCUAUGUUAAAUGCCCAAUUUCUGGGGUAAAUGUACAUAUGGAAAAUGCACAACAAUUAGUUGUAUUUAUUGAGUGGAUUAUACAAUUAUAUGCAGUGCUUGGAAACUUGCUGAGGUUUGUGUGGCAGAGCAUUUUUUUUUACCUUGAAGUAAAAUCUUAUUAAAGGUAAAGAUGAAAUUUUUGUCUCAUAUUUCACAAGGAUUAUGACCUCUGAGAAGUAUGUUUAUAAUUAGAAUUGAAAUAAAACUAUACUGUUCACAUUAGUCAUUGCACUAGUGUUACAAUGAUGCACAAGAACUGCAAAGCUCAAAUGUAUUUACAGAAUGUCUGAUUAUAAAAUGGCAAGUUUCAGAAGAGGAAUUUUGUUUAUAGCACUCUGGUAAUGUAUGUAAAAUAUUUCUUAAACACUGAACAAGAUUUUUGUAAUAUUUGCAUUUGAUGGGUAUAAGUUGUUGGUAUUAAACUAACAUGUUACAUAAAUUUUAUUUUUGAAAAAAUAAAAUUUUACUCUGGUA